UUUGAUUGAUUAUAUGAAGCUGCUUAUUAUCUUCUUUUUUAUACUCUAGAUUGUAUCAUUUGUAACUUGAAUUUUCAUAGUCAGUCAAUAAAAAGCUAUGGGUGUACCAAGUCCAAGCUUGCACAUUGCCAUGUAUCCUUGGUUUGCACUUGGACACCUUACCCCUUUCCUCCAUCUAUCAAACAAACUAGCCAAACAAGGCCACAGAGUUUCCUUUAUGGUUCCCACCAGAACCCAAGAAAAGCUACAACAUUUCAAUCUCCAUCCAGACCUCAUCACCUUCAUUCCAAUCACUGUACCACAUAUCGAAGGACUUCCUCCUGGAUCAGAGACAACGUCCGAUGUGCCCUUCCCUUUACAGACCCUGCUUGUUACUGCUAUGGACCAAACUAAGGACCUAGUGGAAGGAUUGCUCCGUGAGCUGAAAGUGGAUGUUGUGUUCUUUGAUUUUGCAUACUGGAUCCCCAGCUUGGCUAGACAGUUGGGAAUCAAGUCACUACAUUACUGCAUUAUUAGUCCAGCUACAAUAGGCUACACUCUCUCCCCAGAAAGGCAUUGCAGUGGAAGUAACAUAUCUGAAGCUGAACUGAAGCAACCCCCAGCAAGUUAUCCUGGUUCAGAUAUCACACUUAGCGCCUAUGAAGCACGGGCCUUUUCUGCUAGAAGGGUGAUGAAGUUUGGAACUAAUAUGCAGUUUAAUGAUCGUCAAUUCAUCAGCUUGAACGAGUGUGAUGCACUAGGUUUCAGAACAUGUAGGGAGAUUGAGGGUCCUUACUGUGACUACCUAGAAAACCAAUUUCAGAAGCCUGUUCUCCUGACAGGGCCUGCUAUCCCAGAGCCUUCUACAUCUCCUUUAGAAGAAAAAUGGGCAAAGUGGCUAAGUAAAUUUGACUCAGGUUCAGUUAUUUACUGUGCAUUUGGAAGUGAAUGCAUCUUAAAAAAGGAUCAAUUUCAAGAAUUGUUGGAUGGUCUGGUGCUGACAGGUAUGCCGUUUCUAGCAGCACUUAAACCACCCGCUGGAGCAGGUUCAAUCGAAGAAGCACUGCCAGAUAAGUUCGAAGAAAGAGUUAAGGGAAGAGGAGUGGUUCAUGGAGGUUGGGUUCAGCAACAGCUGAUAUUAGAACACCCUUCAGUCGGAUGCUUCAUAACACAUUGCGGCUCAGGUUCUUUAGCAGAAGCUUUAGUCAAUGAGUGUCAACUGGUGCUGCUGCCGCAGGUUGGGGAUCAAAUAAUCAACGCCAGAAUGAUGAGCCGAAAUUUAAAAGUUGGGGUGGAAGUGGAGAAAGGAGAAGAAGAUGGGGCGCUUACUAAAGAGAGUGUAUGCAAAGCUGUAGCUUCUGUAAUGGAAGAGGGUAGUGAUGUUGGGCAACAAGUGAGAAACAAUCAUGCCAAGUUGAGGCAUUUUCUGUUGGACAAAGGAUUGGAAUCCUCUUACAUCCACAACUUCAUCAUCAAAUUGCAGGAGUUAUUGAUGGGAUGAUAUCCAUGUUAAUUGUGCUGGAUGUUUUUCUGUAUACUAUGCUUUCAAAAGUUAUGAUUCUUGGUAUAA